UCCUGCUAGCUGUUUUAACUGAGCGCUGCCACUGCCAGGAGCAACACUGGCAGACCAGACGUGUUAGACAGGUUGAUGCACGUCAAUGUCGGUAACUUCCAAGUUCACAUCGCUCCUUUUCGUUAGCUUACAUCAUAAGUUACUUCCGCAAGUUACCAGUGUUUUGUAUCAGUCCACUGUCGUGACGUUUUAUAGCUUUACACGAAACGUUAAGCGAUCUUCAACCUGUUGGAAAGCGUAAUGUGAUUUGCUGGAGAGACGCAGCUGAAGCUAGUUAGCAGUAAACCAGAGAGUGUUUGUAGGUCUGAGGCGACUGACACUGUAAGCUGUUAGGACUCGUCUGGAUACACUCGAGCUUGUGAUCAGGACUAAUGGAGACAGCAGGAGUUUGUGAGAUUGAUGUGGCGACCAGAAGAAUAGUUGGAGGCAGUGAUUCACCACCUGAACUGGACAGCCCUUCUCAGGAGGAGGUUGCAGAGUUCGGCUUGGGGUUGUGCUGCGCCGAGGAGGAGAGGGGGGAGACUCCGGGCAGAGAGGACAGUCCCAGUGACCUGGGGGAGGCAGAGCUCGACCCCGGAGGAGACCACAAGACCGCAGAGGACAAGGCCUUCGGGAAGGAGGUUGUUCUGUUGAUGCAGGCCCUGAACUCUCUAGCCACUCCCGAGGAGAAACUGGCUGCUUUGUGCAAGAAAUACGCAGAUCUGUUGGAGGAGAGCCGCUGCAUGCAGAAACGGCUGAAGGCCCUGCAGAAGAAGCAAUCUCAGAUUGUAAAGGAGAAGAUCCACCUGCAAGGGGAGCACAGCAAGGCCAUCCUGGCUCGCAGCAAGCUGGAGAGCCUCUGUAGGGAGCUGCAGAGACACAACAAGACUCUGAAGGAGGAGAACGCUCAGCGGUCCAGGGAGUACGAGGAGCAGCGGAAGGAGGCCAUGCUGCACUUCCAGAUGACCUUGAGCGAUAUCGAGGUGCAGAUGGAACAGCACAGCUCCCACAACACCAAGCUGAGGCAGGAGAACAUGGAGCUGGCCGAGAAGCUCAAAAAGCUGAUCGAGCAGUACGAGCUCCGAGAGGAGCACAUAGACACAGUGUUCAAGCACAAGGAGCUGCAGCAGCAGCUGAUGGACGCCAAGCUGCAGAGAAUCACAGAGAUGAUGAAAGAAGUGGAGGAGAAACAGCAGAGAGAGAGAGACUUUCUGCUGAAGGACGCCACGGAGUCCAGACGCAAGUGUGAGCUGAUGAAGGAGCAAGAAACACAGCUCAAGCAACAGCUCUCCCUGUACAUGGACAAGUUUGAGGAGUUUCAGAGCACUCUGGCUAAAAGCAAUGAGGUCUUCACCACUUUCAGACAAGAAAUGGAGAAGAUGACCAAGAAGAUCAAGAAGCUGGAGAAGGAGACGACACAGUGGAGGACCAAAUGGGAGAGUAACAACCAGGCCCUGUUGCAGAUGGCUGAGGAGAAAACCCUGCGCGAUGGUCACUUCAAGGCUCUGCAGGGGAAGCUGGAGCUGCUGGAGAGGCUGUGCAGAGCCCUGCAGAAGGAGAGGAACGACCUCAACAACCGGCUCAGCCUCCUCCAGGAGCAAGGAGGAGACAAGGAGACCACAGCGCCUCCCGAAGACCAGCCACAGGAGCUGUCGGCCGGGGAGGAAGACGAGGAGGAGGAGGAGGAGGAGGAGGUGGUGGAGGAGGAGGAGGCGGAGGAGGAAGAUGAAGAGGAGGACGGCUCAGCACAGGGCAACGGGCUGGAGUCAGAGGGCAUCCACCAAGCUCCCAGACCACCUGAACUAGACCCCACACCGGCUGCUACUGACAAAACCACUACUGCUACGACCACGCCCAGCCAGCCUGCAGAAACACCAACCACACAGCAGGACUGAAGCAGCCGACAGUCUGUGUGUGUGUGUGUAGGUGAGAAGGGUGUGAUAGUCGGGCUCCACACACCUCCAGCCUAGUUCCAUAACUAGCCAGAAAAACCAUCUUCAGUGGAGAUAGGGAUUUUGUUUCUUUUUUAAUUCUAGACUUCUGUCUCCAGGUUUCUACACUGUAACUGAACCAAUAUCUUUUUGUGCGAUAGUUAAAGAAUAAAAUGAUUGUAUCAAGGA